GUCUCGCGUUGUUCCUGUACUCGAGAAGAAAAGUGAACCGGCGUUUAUUUACAUUGAAAAGACAAAAUGACGGAAAAGGAAGAAGGAGCAGUGAUAUCAGAAGGGUAUGAUGAUGCUGUCGAAGAACGAGUUAUAAAUGAAGAAUACAAAAUAUGGAAGAAAAACACCCCUUUUCUUUAUGAUUUGGUCAUGACGCAUGCCUUAGAAUGGCCAAGUUUGACAGCUCAGUGGUUACCUGAUGUUUCAAGACCAAGUGAUAAAGAUUAUUCCCUACACAGACUGAUUUUAGGCACACACACAUCUGAUGAACAGAAUCAUUUAUUGAUAGCUAGCGUACAAUUACCUAAUGAUAAUGUUCAAUUUGAUGCUUCACAUUAUGACAGUGAAAAGGGAGAAUUUGGUGGAUUUGGAUCUGUUAGUGGUAAAAUUGAAAUAGAGAUAAAAAUAAACCAUGAAGGUGAAGUGAAUAGAGCCAGAUCCAUGCCACAGAAUCCAUUUAUCAUUGCUACAAAAACACCAUCUUGUGAUGUCCUGUUAUUUGACUACUCAAAACACCCUUCAAAACCAGAUCCUAGUGGUGAGUGUCACCCUGAAUUAAGAUUGAAAGGACAUCAGAAAGAAGGUUAUGGUCUGUCAUGGAAUCCUAAUUUAAAUGGACAUUUAUUAAGUGCUUCAGAUGAUCAUACAAUAUGUUUAUGGGACGUGAAUGCUGGAACUAAAGAUAGUAAAACAGUUGAUGCUCAUACAAUAUUUACUGGUCAUACAUCAGUUGUAGAGGAUGUUGCAUGGCAUUUAUUACAUGAAAGUUUAUUUGGUUCUGUUGCUGAUGAUCAGAAAUUAAUGAUUUGGGAUACAAGAUCAAACAACCCUAAUAAACCCAGUCAUACAGUAGAUGCUCAUACUGCUGAAGUUAACUGUCUCUCAUUCAAUCCUUACAGUGAAUUUAUAUUAGCUUCAGGCUCAGCAGAUAAGACUGUUGCCUUAUGGGAUUUACGUAAUUUAAAACUCAAACUGCACUCCUUUGAAUCUCAUAAAGAUGAAAUAUUCCAGGUACAAUGGUCACCCCAUAAUGAAACUAUUCUAGCAUCCAGUGGUACUGACAGACGAUUACAUGUAUGGGAUUUAAGUAAAAUUGGUGAAGAACAAUCUGCUGAAGAUGCUGAAGAUGGACCUCCAGAACUACUAUUUAUACAUGGUGGACAUACAGCUAAAAUAUCAGAUUUCUCAUGGAAUCCUAAUGAACCCUGGGUAAUAUGUUCAGUAUCCGAAGACAAUAUCAUGCAAGUCUGGCAAAUGGCUGAGAAUAUCUAUAAUGAUGAGGAACCAGAUACACCUGCUAGUGAUCUAGAACAAACAGCUUCCUAAAUAUACUAAUUACUGUAUAUAAACAUUGUGCUAUAAACUAUUAUACCAUUCAUUCAUCACAGCUUUAGUCAGUGUCGAGUUAUAUUGUGAUGGCGCGUGCUCUGUAAAUAACAUAACCAAUAUCAUCAGUUUGGACACAUUAAAAUUUCAUUAUUUUGAAAUUGUGACUUGUCGCCAUUAUAUCAAAAACUCGACUACAACAUGGAUUUUAUGGUGUGUGGAUCAGAGAAUUCAAAAUGUGUAACAUAUUUAGAUUAGAAUCAAAGAAAUCUAGAUUCAUUAGUUAUCUUUCUUUUCUUUUAUUCUAUUAGUAUGUUCUUUAUUAAUCAUGGUACAUAACAGACAUUGGUAGAUAUUAUAAUGUAAAAUAACUGAUUUUGACCCAGUCUGAUGUCAACUUGAUAUUGUCAGUAUUAGAAAAAUGUCAGUGUAAACUAUUGGUGUGAAGAGAAGAUAGUGUGAGAGAUUAGAUAAAUGAUGAGCAGAUUUUAAAAUUAACUUUUUCUUAUUUUAACAUUGUGGAUCAAAGUAUUCCUUUUAUGAAAGUUUGGGUUGAGGUAUAUAGUCUACCCACCAAAAUAUAUCUGACAAGACCUUCUCCCUGUCUGACUGGUCAAAUUGUAGUUUUACAAAGAUAUUUUUUUCUCAAUUAACUUCUGUGUGCUGUCAUUCAUUUAAUAAACAUAUAUCACCUUA